AUGGUCUCAAACGAGGUCCAACACGGAGAACAUUCGACCGAUCAUCGGUCAGCUAGUGAAUCUGCACAACCUCGUGCUCGUAAGAAACGAAUCCCGACGUCGUGCGGCUCUUGUCGCCAGAGCAAGGUUAAGUGUGAUGGAUCCCGGCCGUGUUCUCGAUGUCAACAACUCCAGAAAACGUGCAAUUUUGUUGAGAAGCCCAAAGAACCCCAUGAAUUGAGAAUAGAAGCUCUGGAAAAAGAGAUCGAGUCACUGAGAGCACGUCUACCACCAAAUGCACCCAAUACAACCGGACCACUUACCCAGAACUAUGUGUCUGACCUAGAAAGACCACUCCAGUUCAGCGGUUUAAGAACAUUCAAUCCCCCUUCAGAUAUCAACUUCGCGCAUGCAUCAAAUAUUCCAUCUCAGCUGGCAGUCUCCACUAGCACGAGCUCCCCAGAAACUACAUCUCAUUUUCCAAGACCAUCCAAACGUCCCAGAUCAUCAUUCGAAACGGAGACCCCGGCUGCUGCCAACAUCUUCACCGAUGAUGAUUUGAGUAACGAAGAAGCUGAGUUGUACUUCAACGCCUUCUUUUCUGGAUGUGAUCGCUACGUUCCUGUUUUUGAUCCGCGUUACGACUCCCUUCCGGCAAUUCGCAGCCGGAGUGAUUUGCUGUUCAGCACCAUAUGCUCAGUGGGAUGCCGUGUUCUGAAUGGGACGAAUUCGAGAUGGCGAGCUCUUGCAUUGAGAACACAGCGUAUGCUCAACGCUGCAAUAGCAAACCCAUCGACGGGCAAUCUUGAGACUGUUCAGGCCUUGUUGGUGCAGGCAUGCUAUGCCGGUGAGAGGGCUAUUCUCAUAGCUAUUGCGACGCGUAUGGCCAUGGAUCUGGGCUUCACGGAAGCAUAUGACACACUUGUGGCCGAGUCUGUUCUCGGUGAUACACUGUCCAAUGGCGAACAAACGAUCAUCGAAAACAAUUUUACGCGUAUGAGAAAAGCACGGGUUUGGCUUCACCUUCUCGUCCUGAGUUAUAUCCUUCAUGUUGAUGCUGGAGGUGUGCCAACAUUUAAAUUCAGAGGCGCCUCACGUCGGUGCAGAAUUCUACUUCAAAGCCCUUUCUCCACGGGCAUGGAUCACUACCUCUUUGCCCAAGUAGAACUUAAUGUUCUUCGCGCGAAAAUAUACGCGUCUUUACCACAGAGAGCGAACCUCGGCGACAGCGAAAUCAUGGACUUGGUUAAAGAUGCCAAACUCGACAUAGAUGUUUGGUUCCAUGAUUGGAUACGCAUUUCGGAACCACAUCAUCAAGCUAUGCCGUGGUUUGUACCGAACUUGUCGGUCCAGAGAUGCUGGGCUGAUAACAUGGCUCUUUGUCGCGCGGUACGAGCUGCGGGUGUGGAGAAUGUGAAUGUCAUGUCAGUUACCCAAAAGACCAUUCUUGACAUGACUAAAGCAUCACUGAAACAACAUCUUGACAUAAUAAUCCAAGAACCGAGGCUUUAUCUCAAGAGCAUCCGAUACGCUAUGGACUUUGUGUGGGCCAAGAACACUUUUUGUUGUUUGCUUCUCCUCAAAUUAUCCGCUCUGCUUCCAGAAAAGGACGAUCACCAAUCACAACAUGACUUAGUCGCCAAAGCGAGUAUUUUGCUGAACGAACUGGAGAUGGCUGUCGCUGGUGGAUUGAAAGGUGACAGUCGCUCAAAUACAAGUGUUCUAUACCUUCAGCUUUUGAAGUUGAGCAUUCAAAAGUAUAAGCGAGGACUUAACCUAGACUCGGACGAUGCUGUGGAGGUCGACGCGAAUCAAGAACGACAAGCUGGGGGGUACACGGAACUAGAGUCAUUUGUGCCUGAUCAAUUCGUGUUUGAGUGGGACUUUCCAGGGCUAACGUUGUUCUCGUCGCCGAUCAAUGAGUCUGCGUGGUUAAAUGAGUUUCUCACUGGUGGCCAGGACUUUGGGGAGAAUGGAGGCAGUAUUAAUUGGGCACUUAUUGACUUUUCGAUGUGA